AUGAGCGCCGAGUGUAGCAGCUACCUCAACGCCGACAAGGUGCUGGUGAGCGGGUUCAGCUGCCCGCAGAUGAGCGGCGACGCCCGCGCCGUGUACUGCUGCGGCUUCCAGGACGUCAAGUACUGCUGCGAUGACCCCCACAGCUUCUUCCCCUACGAGCACAGCUACAUGUGGUGGCUCAGUGUUGGAGCACUCGUGGGCCUGUCGAUAGCAGCAGUGGUCCUCUUUGCUUUUAUCAUCACUGUGUGUGUUCUCUGUUACUUGUUUAUCAGCACGAAGCCACACAGCAAACUGGAUACUGGUUUAAGCUUACAGAUGGCAGAUACAGAGCUGCAUCCUUCACAAGGCCCCCACCAAAACAAGCUGUUGACAAAGCCAAGCGGCUUCAAGAGUUUCCUGAGCCACAAGAUGAACUGUGACUGUGAGCCACAAGAACCUGACUCACUCUUCCAGCAGUGUUUCCUGGCCACUACAACAGUUGUCGAUAACCAGAGGCCAGUCUGA